AUGGUCUCUCCGCUAUCUGCAGUCUUGGCCGAGCUCAUUAUGAGAGAAAUUGAGCGUAGAAUUUUCAACUCCCCUCUUGUCAUCAGUUAUCCAUCUCUAUACUUGCGCUAUGUCAACGAUAUCCUAAUAAUAUGGGAGAAUACAGAGGAGGAAUUUAUCAAAUUUGUGCAGCAACUCUCAAGCAUAUACCCUACUAUCAGUUUCACUUGGGAGAAGGAGCAGGAGGAAUCAAUAACAUUCCUGGAUCUGUGCAUACAAAAGUUGGUUGAGGGGCCACAAUUUGCUGUUCAUCACAAAUCUAAUGUGCUACCAUAUAUUAUCGCGGCAGAUGCUUUCCAACCAUUGCAGUACGUCAAUGCUACCAUUGCUGCACUCAUUAGAAGGGCAUUACUACUUCCGUCGAUGCAGCUAGCAACAAAAAUUGAAUUAGACAUUGUCAGAGUGGCAGUGUCUCUUGCUGGAUUUAUGCAUGACAAAUAUGAACAUGUGCUCCAUAGGGUAAAAGAGUCCCUAUUCCCAUGUACCAUGCUGUACAGAAAGAAAAAAGCAUCAGUGAUCCAGUCAUCAUUGCCAUAUCUCGUACCAACCUCUAUACACAUCAGCCGCAUAUUUCGGCUGCAUAACUUCAUUCUACCCAUAACCCCCCUAACAAACCUAUGCAGGUGUAUCUGCAACGAUCGGGACAGGCUAACCACUUUAGAAAAGUCGGGGGUUUACACAAUACACCUAGAAAAUCUGGCAACGGGAGCUAUUACAAGAUACCAAGGAGCAACAACAAGAAUGUUCACCUCCCGCCUUGCAGAGCAUCAGGAUGAUGUAGCCAAAGAAAGAUGUUCUACAGGACUCCUAAAAAAGUUCUCGAGCAAGGUUACAACUCACUGUGGUCCAGAACGGUGUUACUUAAAUGCUGCAACAAUCGAAGGCUUGAGUUCAUCUGGAAAGCGCUUCUCACAGCUACUACAGAAACAUGCAAUGUUCCCACCCUCGAUCUACCCGGGAUGUGGAUUUCCUUGUAUCGGCAUCUAA